AAGGCCUUCGGUAAUAAAUGAUCUAUCCAUCUGAUCGUCCCACGGCCCAAUAUAUGUGCCAAUAAACGUCCUUGGUUUCUGUAUUUUGUAGUAGCGCUGAAGUCUGAACCAUCUCUCUCUCUCUCUCUCUCUCUCUCUCUCUCUCCCCUAUGGAAGGAAUGUAUAAAUUCGCAGACAAUCAUACUUCUUGAAUCUCUCUCUCUCUCUCUAUCCGUGAAUUGUAAUGGCAGCCAAGGGUUUGUGGGGAUCCAUGGACGACUUCUUGAAUCAGUGCAAACAGUCGGGCGACUCCGCUUACAGUGCGUUCCGAUCACUGCUGGAGAGGCUCGAGGAUCCGAAUACCCGGCCCGAAGCCCGGAUCUUCUUAUCGGAUCUCCAGAAACGGUUCGCCACCAAGGAAGCCUCCGACGAGUGCCUCCAGACCUUCCAUUUCCUCAUCCAAGACAUCUAUAUUGAGCAAUACGAAGGUUAUCAGAAGAGGAAGAAACUGACAAUGAUGGUGAUCCCUAGCAUCUUCAUCCCAGAGGACUGGUCCUUCACCUUUUAUGAAGGACUAAAUAGAUAUCCUGACUCUAUCUUCAAGGACAAGACAGUUGCUGAGCUUGGUUGCGGUAACGGAUGGAUAUCCAUUGCCAUAGCUGAGAAGUGGUUACCAUUGAAGGUGUAUGGGCUUGAUAUUAAUCCAAGAGCUAUCAAGAUUUCUUGGAUCAACUUAUAUCUAAACGCACUGGAUGAAAAUGGUCAACCUGUCUAUGAUGUGGAAGGGAAGACUUUGCUGGAUAGGGUGGAGUUCCAUGAAUCUGACCUGCUAGGUUACUGCAGAGAUCAUCACAUAGAACUCGAACGCAUUGUUGGAUGCAUACCUCAGAUUCUUAACCCUAACCCAGAUGCAAUGUCCAAGAUGAUUACGGAAAAUGCAAGCGAGGAGUUUCUGUAUUCCUUGAGUAACUAUUGUGCACUUCAGGGUUUCGUUGAGGAUCAGUUUGGCCUGGGUCUCAUUGCCAGGGCUGUUGAAGAAGGAAUUUCUGUCAUCAAACCUUUGGGAAUUAUGAUCUUUAAUAUGGGAGGCCGUCCAGGACAAGGUGUUUGUAAACGCUUGUUUGAACGGCGUGGGCUACAGGUUACCAAGCUUUGGCAGACAAAAAUUCUUCAGGCUUCUGACACAGAUAUUUCAGCUUUGGUUGAGAUUGAAAAGAAUAGUCCCCAUCGUUUUGAGUUCUUCAUGGGGCUAGCUGGAGAUCAGCCAAUUUGCGCUCGAACUGCUUGGGCCUAUGGAAAGGCUGGCGGUCGUAUUUCUCAUGCUUUAUCAGUUUACAGUUGUCAACUUCGUCAACCAAAUCAGGUUAAGAUGAUUUUUGAUUUUCUUAAAAAUGGGUUCCGUGAGAUCAGCAAUUCUCUAGAUCUAUCAUUUGAGGAUGAUUCUGUGGCGGAUGAGAAGAUUUCUUUCCUUGCUUAUCUUGCCAGUGUUUUGAAAAAGAGCUCAUUUUUCCCAUACGAGCCACCAGCUGGAAGCAAAAGAUUUCGCAAUCUGAUUUCUGGUUUCAUGAAAACUUACCACCAUGUUCCCAUUAAUGCAGAUAAUAUCGUUGUAUUUCCUUCAAGGGAUGUGGCGAUAGAGAAUGCUCUGCGGUUAUUCUCCCCACGACUUGCCAUUGUUGAUGAACAUCUGAGCCGACACCUGCCCAAGCAAUGGUUAACAUCGUUGACCAUAGAGAAUAUUGAGACUGAUAAACUUUCAGAAGAUGUUCUCACUGUAAUUGAAGCCCCGCGCCAGUCAGAUUUGAUGAUAGAGCUAAUUAAAAAGUUGAAGCCACAGGUGGUAGUUACAGGAAUGGCUCAUUUUGAGGCAAUUACUAGUUCUGCUUUCCAGCACCUUUUAGAUACUACAAGAGAGAUUGGAUCUCGUAUUUUCUUGGACAUAUCAGACCACUUUGAGCUAUCCAGCCUCCCCCCUUCCAAUGGUGUCUUGAAAUAUCUUGCUGGAACUCCUCUGCCUCCCCACGCUGCAAUUAUAUGUGGUUUACUAAAAAAUCAGGUUUACUCGGAUUUGGAAGUUGCUUUUCUGAUAUCAGAAGAGGAGACCAUCUUUAAAGCAUUGUCCAAGACUGUGGAACUUCUGGAAGGGAAUACAGCGCCGAUUAGUCAAUACUACUAUGGUUGUCUAUUCCAUGACCUUCUAGCCUUUCAGUUAGCUGAUCGACAUCUGCCUGCCGAGAGAGAAAGCGAGAAGGCAAAAGCUGGUGAGAUGAUUGGAUUCACUAGUUCUACCAUCUCAGUCCUUGAUCAUGCUGAGUUGUCAAUAACUGCAGCAGAUGACUCUUCCUUAGUUCAUAUGGAUGUGGAUCAGAGCUUUUUCCCAAUACCUUCUCCUGUCAAGGCUGCUAUUUUUGAAAGUUUUUCAAGACAAAAUGUAGCAGAAUCAGAGAUUGAUGUGACAACCAGCAUUAGACAGUUUAUUAAGAGCAAUUAUGGCUUCCCAACAUCUAGCAACGCAGAAUUCGUAUAUGCAGACUUCCCACUACCUCUUUUCAAUAAGCUUGUCCUCUGCUGCAUCCAAGAAGGUGGAACUUUGUGCUUCCCAGCUGGCUCAAACGGGCAUUAUGUUUCUGCUGCCAGAUUUCUGAAAGCAAACAUUGUGACCAUCCCUACCCAAUCUGAAGCAGGGUUUAAGCUGACAGAAAAGAUACUUACCGGCAUAUUAGACACUGUGAAGAAACCAUGGGUAUACAUCUGUGGUCCAACAAUCAACCCAACUGGCUUAGUUUACACCAAUGAAGAGAUGGAAAACAUACUGUCUGUUUGUGCUAAGUAUGGGGCUAGAGUUAUUAUUGAUACUUCAUUCUCAGGAUUGGAAUUUCACUCUGAGGACUCAAAUGGUUGGGAUUUGGAGAACAGUUUAGCAAAACUGAAUUCUUCUGGGCAACCAACUUUUUGUGUGUCUUUGCUUGGAGGAUUAUCUUUGAAGAUGCUUACUGGAGGUCUCACAUUUGGGUUUCUUGUUCUAAACCAGUCUUUUUUGGUUGACACGUUCCAUAGCUUUUCAGGACUAAGCAAACCUCACAGCACUCUUAAAUACACCGUAAAGAAGUUGCUGGAUCUAAGACAGCAGAAAGCAGGAGACUUAAUGGAAGCCAUUGCCAAACAAAAAAAGCUUGUGGCAAGUAGAUCUCAACGCUUGAAAGAGACUCUCGAGAAUUGUGGGUGGGAUGUUCUUGAAGCCCAUGCCGGUGUUUCGAUGGUGGCAAAGCCGUCUACCUAUCUUGGCAAGAAACUUGCACUGGAAGAAGAACCCACUGCUUUUGAAGCCAAGAUUGAGGACUCAAAUAUCAGAGAAGCCAUGCUCAAGGCCACUGGUUUAUGCAUUAACAGUGCCUCAUGGACUGGAAUCCCUGGCUACUGUCGAUUCACCGUUGCCUUGGAAGACAGUGAAUUCGAGCGUGCAUUGGAUUGCAUUGUCAAAUUCAGGGCAGUAAUCGACAAUUGAAGUGCCUUGUUUCAUCUAAAUGCAUUCGAUUCUUUGUUCUCACGACUUAGGUGUCGUGAAAAAUAAAUUGAUGAAGCAAUUUCGAUUGGCUUCGAACUUUUAUGAGGAAUUAUGAGGAAUUAUUAUGCGUGUUGUUAAUGAAAAGCUUCGUCCUGAAUUUGAUGUCAACUUGGUACCAAAUUAAUUAAAUGUAAACAACUUCUAGAAACCGGAAGGAGUUGAAUACUAUGUAGGCAAAAGCAAAAGCCAACAGUCA